AAUCCGACGUUUCCCUGAGCAGACUCCGAAGGCGGCAGUAUUGGGUGGAGAAGAAACAAUUUACAUGUUAUGGCCAAAGCUGAAUUAGGGUAGGGAUUGUUUCGAGAAAGCCUCCGAGCAGUCACAGACUACUUACGCUUCGCUGCGGAUAAUAUUUUGCAGCAACAAUAGUGAUUUGUCGAGGUGACGGUAUCGUGCAUGACCUGCACAACGUCCAUUGAGUCCCAGGGAAUCGAGAUAGACGCGGCAAACGCUGUCCAGAAAAAUCCAGUCGACCAGAGUUCCAGCGAACCUUUUGUGGACGUGACAGCCACCGCUCACCAGCGUGUUGGGUCUCGCAUAGUGCCAGUGUAUGCCAUUACAACAAACAUCACUGACAGUCGACCUGGAACACAGCUAUUAUCUGUAGGUAGCAGCGAGGAGGAGGAGGACAAUGGAAGAGUUCUCAGUGUAUGUUGGCAACCUGCGUCCCAGCGCCGACCCUGCCUCCAUUGCUCGUCUCUUCAGUCGGUCAGCUAAACUCACCAUCAACAUCAGGCAGAUACGAGUACACCAGUCGGACGAUCUGUCCUGCGCUCACGCCAUCAUCAGUUUGUACAGCGAGCGUGAGAGAGUCUUCGCCAUUCGCGCACUGCAUGGCCUACCACGCAGCAAGAUCGAUGGUGACUGCCUAUCGGCCCCUCACACUAAGCUACAGGUUGAGAAUCGACAGUUGCAUGAGCUACGGCAGAGACUAAACGACAGAUCCAAGUCAAAAUACAAGAAGUUAGGCGUAGCGUCUCUGCCAACGUCACCUCGCAAAACCGAGCGGGAGCUGGCCGCCAAAGAGACGGAAAGGAAUCUCAUUUCACAAGGAUGGAGACCUCGCCUGAUGAAAACGUUCGGAGGAAAAACCAAGAAUGAAGAGCCCCCAGGGGAACGGUACUACGAGCAAGGAACUGCUGUGCCCCAAGACAACCGAAUACAGGUCUUCAAGACCGGCGAGAAUAAUUACCUGGAGCUGAUGUUUGGCUUGGAUGUCGGUUCUUUUGCCUGCGCUUUCCUUAACUCGCGACAAGGCGGCUGUCUUUACAUUGGUGUGAAAGAAGAUGGUACGGUGCGUGGUAUCCAUUGCGAUCGACUGCAGCAGAGUCAAGUAAUGAAUGACGUCAAGGAUGCCGUGGUCGACUUCAACCCCAGUGUGCAGAGGCAGAUGUAUGGCGUUGACUUUGUACCAGUCAAAGUAGUGGAUGAGCACACUGGCUGGCUAAACAAAUCAACACUGCGGGUUGUAGAAGUCAGCGUUAAGGGUGCUGGUACCGACGAGGACACUUGGUAUGAAGACAACAAGGGACAGGUGUACAUCGGUGAAGAUGGUAAGACGCAGCCAGUCAGGGUUUCGAAAAUCAAGGCUCAUCUUCUGGAGGAUAUUCGCAAAGACACUGCAGUCCUGGAGGAAAGAAAACGGGUAUUUGAAGAGGAGCAUACUGUCUUGGUGCAAGAGCAGGAGGAGCUUGUAGUUGCUCAGGAAGAAGUGUCAGUAAAAGAAGUUGAACUGAAUGAACGAGAGGACUUGCUCAACUCGCAGGAGAAGGACCUGAAAGAAACAUCGGAGCGUCUCGACAGAGAUAUGACUGAGUUGAAGCGGAUGAGUGAUGAACUUGAGCAGACUAAGCUCACAGCUCACGAGGAGGUGCAGGACUUGGAAAGUCAGCAGCAAAGCCUUGUAGCCGAUAUUGACAAGAAGAAGCAAGAACUCGAUGACCUCAUCAAGUCCAUGGAGGAUAAGCAAACGGAAAUAACGCAACAGCUUGCCGACAUCAAGCAGAAGCUAACGGAUAUCAAAGAGGAAAGGGAGGAGCUUGCACGCGGAAGAACAGAGGUAGCCGAACAGAAAGCGCAAUUGGAAGAGGACCAGCGACUCGUGGAAGAAGAGAAGGAGCGCCUCAAGUCCAAGACAUGCGUCAUACAAUGAACCCAGCUUUGUUGAUAUGCCAUGCCACUAGUCACAAACCGACUUACCAGUUCGCUAGACUCGAUACUCUCGGUGAUACUACAGAUGGUCACUAGACUACAUGCCAUCACCACACUAUUGGACUUUAAAAUUUGCGUGCACUAAGUUAUGUGAGAUUCACUGUGCUCCUGAUGCAUCUGAGUUGCCGUAUCUUCAAGAUCAUCGAGAGAAUGCUGCAACACCAGAAAAUCAACGGCAAGCACUGAGAACCCCUAAUCUCACCUUUGCCAACUGCCCGCAGUGGGAUGGCUUGCGGAUCCCAAUGCCAGGGAAGCUGAUCCCAACUAACUAACCUGACCGGCAGCACACUUGAACAACAUAAUAAUUAUAGCUACGAAAAUGUUUUAUGACUGAAAGAGGAAUCUUGAGAUAAAAUCUGCUGCUCUUCAGCUUUUUCUUCUUUUAGUUUUCCUUUGCAUUUUUUUUAAGUGAUCACCCCACCCUUCCCCAUACACACACACAUACACUCGUCUCUUGUCCCAGCUGAAAUCUUGUGCUGCAGUCACGUGAUGAUAUCAAGUGUUACUGUACAUUCCAUUCCACUUGGCGGUGUAUUACCAGUAGUCAGUACCAUACACGAGCCAUCUGUUGUCGCUGUCACCUGUUCAAGAUGCACUACUUUGCUGGUUGAUAUAAAGUUUACAUUGACCAUAUAAUUACAUUGUUUCCGGUGGGACAGAUACAUGUAGGUCAACUGUCA